GUGCCUAACGGGUGAACUCGUCUCGCUACACGCGCACGCAGUUGAGUCUAGCGCGCCACUUGAAGCUAUUGUGUUUACUGUUCAGGCAUUUCUAUGAAAUUGUCAGUUGUCCGUGAGAUUGCACUGCACGUAUUGCGCGGGCAGUGUGAAGUGUGUGGUGAUUUCAAUAUUUUGUGUGCAAGUAUUCGUGGGUGUGAGGUGUAGGUGGCCUGAGAUCACCGUGCAAGGAACUGCGAUCAACAGUGCCCGGGAGCCAGCGAGGGCAGUGACCGCGGUCGCGAUCUCGGUACUGACAUCGAACCGCGCGAGGCCAUCUGGUUUAGUGUAGCGCAGGCAGCGCGCGUGUGGCCGGGUGCGUGUGCAGUCUCAUGUCGGAUUUGGAGCACGAUACCGAGGCAAGGCAGUCCCUUGAUGCUUUGCCCACAACCCGCGCGGCCGCGGUACAACCACGUCUCACAUUGCAUGCCCUCGCCAUUAGAGGGCAACAGAUGAACCGCAGCAGUGCGAGCGCGGCCGCGUGCGGCAUGGAGUGCGGCGUGGCGGCGGGCGGGUACCCCGCGCCCCCCGCGCACCCCGCGCACCCCGCUCUCUCGCCCACCGAGCGCUCCCCCGCCAAGUCUGGCCUGCACGUCAACUUCAGCGACAAAGGAGAGGUGAAGGAGCGGCGCGAGAAGUUCCUCACGGCCAAGUAUGGGAGCCACCAGAUGGCGCUGAUCCGCAAAAGGCUCGCCGUCGAGAUGUGGCUGUACGACGAGCUGCAGAAGUUGUACGACACGCCGAAGGAUGGCGCGGCGGGCGCGGCGGGGGCGGCGGGCGCGGCGGGGGCGUGCGCCCCGCAGGAGGUGGAGGUGGACAUCGACGAGCUGCUGGACAUGGACAGCGACGAGCUGCGCCGCCGACAUCUCACGACUUUACUAGCGGAUGCCAAAAAACCUCAAAAAGAUGUACAUAAAUUCAUAAAUGAUUUGCUAGAAAAAGCGAAAACUCUUUAGAUUAUGGAACCAAAUCUCAUUGGGCUGACUAAGGAGUGGACUACCGUUAGCCGAAGCCCCCGGCGCACAUAUCAGGCAGCGCCGGCCCACGACCACGUGAGCUCGCACCGGCCGGGUGUAGCCCGCUUCUGUGUCAUUGUUACAUUAUGUAAUUCUUGUAGAAUUAAUAUUGCCACUUGUCGGUACACAAUGUCGUAACCCAAGCGCAAACACACUGGUCUGUCAGUUGGCUGUGUACCGACACUCGCGACCUCGCACCGGUUUACGACGCGUGCGGACUCGUGGCUGAUAAAGUGUACCUAGACCUAAUGUAGAGCACGGAUUCUCUGUUUGCUGAAUCUUAGCAGGCCAUUGUUUUGCUACAAGAGAAUAAUUAUGUAAGGAUAGUUAUGUUAGAAAGUAUUGUAAAGUACGAUAUAAAUAUAGUUACAACAUUAUACAUCGCGUAGUGCCGCGUGGCGCGCCGCGGCAGCCUGCGCGGCGACACUACGUUGGGAACUCGUUCUAAUUUAUGCGUAAGAAUAUCUUGAGUGCAAUAAUACUAAUCUUAAUGCUUGUGUGACGUACCUAUUGAAUAUAUAGCAAGGAGAUUGCUUUGUGUAAUUUAAACUUACGAGACUGACUCAGUGCUCUAGUGCUCGUGUAAUCUGGAGGUGCGUUUGAUUACCAGACAAUUUUACUGAACAUUUCGAUGUUGAACUUCUGCCAGACUUGACUCGCGCGCUCAUGCAGAUCUAUUGGGAAGCGCUUACAGCCCUACAACAGUUGUGAGAGCCGUCAAGUUAAUUGGAAUUUAGUAUUAAAGUUCUAGUGAAGAUACUUCACAGAUUGUAUGCGUCGAUGUCUUAACCUACGCCUUACAUGCAGCCUACUAGCAGGUAGACAAAGCUAACAAAUAAAAUACUACUUUAUUCAUAUGCAAUAACUGUUCACUACGUGUAAGUUAAUAAGACUCCUACUGGUAGUACUCAUACUGGUAGGUACACCCAACUUAACACUUCAUCGUUGGAAGAAUCAGCUCGAGUUGAGUAAGGCCACAGAUACCUCGUGCCACAGAUGUUUGAGCCCUAAUUGGCACAGCGAUAAAAUGUCAUAGAUUAUGAUUAAAAUGUUGCUUGCUCGCAAUGGAGCAGACGACAACAUAACUUCCUAAUGAUAUAAAUGUAAUGUAUGUACAUAAGUAUAUAGGUACAUUAACGUCACAACUGUAUAGCGGGUACCUAUUGAUUGAAUGGGUCAGUGAACAUUAAGUAUUACAGGAUCGUGAAACCUAGAAAUUAUUGACUGGUGUUUGCUCCAACGCAGUGGCGGCGUGGCAUUGGUUUGUUUCCACUCCCGGGGCAGCAUACUCUUGUGCACCCCCUUUCUUUUGAAAGCGAUCGAUUGGAAAAAUAUUUAACGGAUUUCUAAUUUAAAACAUUGUUUAGGUAUAUAUACAUAGUUUAUUAUGCUUUUAUGUAAAUUAUAAUUAUCAGCAAUACAGAAAUAAAUGUUGAAAAGGUCGCAAAAAAUUUCGCCAACUGGAAACUUCACGAACGCCGCGAACAUUAAAAAUAUAGUUAUGUACUAGCAAAUUCAAAAUGUAUAAAAACAACAUACGAGGCCGCGAUGGCAUAAUAUACUAUUAUCACACACAGUUUAUUUCUCUCUAUCUCUUACGGUUAAUGUUUACAAGAAUCACUUUUAUGUUUUUUAUUUCAAAAAUUACGUUAUUUUUAAGGUAUUUUCUUUAGUUCAGUAUCUAGUAAUCCUUAUUCAAAUGAUUAUGUUAGUUAGGCUUUGAAUGCAGAUUAAAAUUACCCUUUGCACUCACAGUAUAUCAAUCAGAUGAAUAGUUUCUGAGAUAUCGUCAUGAGAAGAAUUAGCAGCGAAACAUAUAAACUAAAGCUCGGCGACCAAGCUCUUCAUUUGAGAUGCCUACGAGUCCGUCCCUUCCGUAGUUCCGUCACAUCGCUCGGCCUCCUACUUAUGCCAUCCCGCAUUGAGAACCUCCUCCAUUUUUGAAGUCCGAAGCAAGGCUCGGAACCGGUUUAAAAAAUACCGGUUAAUACCGGUUUAUAUCGGUUUUCCUCCGAACUUUUCUUAAGAACGUGAACAUUAAAGAACUUUAUUUUAACCUAAAUUAACCGGUUUAUUCGACGAGGGGCAUGUCGGUACACGCGUUGAAAUAUUAUUAUUGAAAUAAGCUAAACAGCGCGCGGCGUUUCUUUGAUGUGCGUCGUAUUAACCGGUUUUUAUUGCUCUAAACCGGUUAAUCCGAAAAAACCUUUAUGAAAAUACUGUUCCAAAUACCGGUUUAAAAAAACCGGUUUCGUGAACGAAACCCAAUGUAAAGGUUUUGCGUACAAGUACAUAAUAACGGUUUGAAAAUUAAACCGGUAUCCGAGCCUUGGUCCGAAGUCCACGCCGGCGAAGGCUAGUACCUACUAUACUAAACUAAGCGAGUGUUGCGUGAGUUGCCCCCACCCAUUUUAUCGCCACUGUUCGUUUUCAACUCAAUUAAGACUUGCAUUGCACCUUAAUAUCGUACUAAGAACUUAUACGUAUGUAUAACAUAGGUAAGGCAUACAGACGGGAUCCGAGCAAUAUCGCUAUGUAACUGGCUGUGAGAGCUGACGCUGUCAGUCUUGCCUCCAUAGAUUCCAUAAGUGUUAGAAUUAAGGGCCUGGGCAGCCUGGGCCCGGACCUCGGCAUAGUUACGUCGGUCUACGCCACUGCCAAUACAAUUACAUCGGUUAUCGUUGCAAUAUUUGUAGCGGAGCUAGUAGUCUCGAUGAUGUUCAGUGUGGUGGUCUCCAAUUGUAAUUACUUUGUAAUAAAUAAUUUUAAUAAAACA